UAUUCCGUUGUUUCACUUGUAAAGGGUACAGCCAGCGGCAGGCCGGGAAUAGGAAACUUGGGGAUGGUUUGGCUCAGUUCUGGAUCGUGUUUUCUUUUAACAAUAUAAUUGCCCCGCUUAAAAUCCACCGACAGGCCAUGCCUCCUCGUGGCAGAUGAUUAGUUGCUAAAUUAGCACUGACGAUCCCCAGAUCCUCCUUGGCACAGUCAGGGACUGAAAGAGGCACUGACGUCUCUCUUUUUUCCUGUGUGUGUGUUCCACUAGAACAUUCAAAACUGUUUCUCCAAAGGGUUCUGCAGAAACUCAGACUGUUUUCUAGAGCAGAAGCACCACAGUCCACAGUGAAAGCAAUGGGCAGCGUGCGAACCAACCGCUACAGCAUAGUUUCCUCAGAGGAGGACGGAAUGAAGCUGGCAACAAUGGCUGUUGCCAAUGGCUUUGGAAAUGGGAAGAGCAAGGUACACACCAGGCAGCAGUGCAGGAGCCGGUUUGUCAAGAAAGAUGGCCAUUGCAAUGUCCAGUUUAUUAAUGUGGGUGAAAAAGGACAACGUUACCUAGCAGACAUCUUCACCACCUGUGUGGACAUCCGCUGGAGGUGGAUGCUACUUGUCUUCUGUCUUGCUUUCAUCCUUUCAUGGCUGUUUUUUGGUUGUGUGUUUUGGUUGAUUGCCUUAUUGCAUGGCGACCUAGAAAGAACAGAAAGACUUUGUGUCUCCGAAGUGCGUAGCUUCACUGCAGCCUUCCUUUUCUCCAUUGAAACACAGACAACGAUUGGAUAUGGCUUUAGGUGUGUCACAGAUGAGUGCCCCAUUGCAGUCUUCAUGGUGGUUUUUCAGUCAAUAGUUGGUUGCAUCAUUGAUGCCUUCAUCAUUGGUGCUGUCAUGGCUAAGAUGGCUAAACCAAAAAAGAGAAAUGAAACUCUCAUCUUCAGCCACAAUGCUGUAAUAGCCAUGAGGGAUGGGAAACUGUGCUUGAUGUGGCGGGUUGGAAAUCUGCGCAAAAGCCACUUGGUGGAAGCACAUGUCAGAGCCCAACUCCUCAAAUCCCGGAUCACUACUGAAGGAGAAUACAUUCCUCUAGAUCAAAUAGACAUCAAUGUUGGCUUUGACAGUGGAAUAGAUCGCAUAUUUUUGGUCUCGCCUAUUACAAUUGUACAUGAAAUAGAUGAAGAAAGCCCUUUGUAUGACUUAAGUAAGCAAGAUAUGGAGAAUGCAGACUUUGAAAUUGUUGUAAUAUUAGAAGGCAUGGUAGAAGCCACUGCCAUGACAACCCAGUGCCGUAGUUCAUAUCUGGCAAAUGAAAUCCUCUGGGGACAUCGUUAUGAGCCUGUACUAUUUGAAGAGAAAAACUACUAUAAAGUGGACUACUCUAGGUUCCACAAAACAUAUGAAGUGCCGAACACACCCCUUUGUAGUGCCAGAGACUUAGCAGAAAAGAAAUACAUCCUUUCAAAUGCAAAUUCAUUUUGCUAUGAGAAUGAAGUGGUCAUGACAGGCAAAGAUGAAGAUGAUAGUGACAAUGGGGUGCCCGAGAGCACAAGUACAGAUACCCAUCCAGACACGGACCACCACAGCCAGACAGGGUUGCCCCUAGAACCUAGGCCUUUAAGACGAGAAUCUGAAAUAUGACUGAGACAAAAAAAAUCGCUGUGGUUAUAAAAUCCAUCAGCAACAGGCAUACUGUGCUGAGAGGUGGCCAUUUUGCAGAUGACGGUACUGUUUCCUAGAAACGGGCAUACAGCCCUAAGGCGUCAACCUAGGCUGGUUUCAAGUGCUGUCUUCAGAUGAGGAGCAGCAAAAGCGGAAUGUAAAGCACUAUGUCUGUGUGUGACUAGAAGGCACAUAUAUGUUGUAGAAUAAAUUAUGUAUAUUUUUUUACAAAACUUGAACUUGCAGGCAAGCUUCAGUUGAGUUUUAUCAUUUGACAUCUAUUUUUUCCCCCAGAAUGCUUCUCUGUUGGGAACAAGAAUGUUUUUAAUGGCAUAACAAAGGCAUGAUACUGCCUUAUUAUUACUAUUUUUAAACCUGCUGCUAACUACAUGAACAUGAAUUGUAAUAUUUUUUGUUGUAGUGUAGCUUUCAUUUUUCUUUUAUAUAUUCUUAAAAAGGAAACAGAAAAAAAUCCCUCAUUGAACUUGUUAGUUUCAAAGCUCUCUGUCAAUCAAUCAAAAUGACUGAUAAUGCUGGGGAGUCUGAACUUCUGUUGAGGCCAGUAGUUUGGUAGAUAGAAUCAAUUUCUCUCUGAUACUAUCCAGUUACAUAAGGAGUAUUAUGUAACACAAGGCCAUGCAGUAGCCUAUAGCAAGAUUGUUUAAUUUGUUUUUGGGAAUGGGAUGGAGAUUCCCCUCCCCUUCUAGGAUAUGUUUUAAUUUCAAAACUACCUAAGUGAAUACCAAAGAGAAAAAUGCACACUUUUGCACAAUGAACGUUUUAUUUAAAUAGAACAGGCUGCUUUUACUACAUAAGAAAAAUAGGUUAUUCUCAGCCUAUUUUUCCUCCCUAAAGGUCCUUAUGUCCGGAGUAUUUUUCAGUGCACCUUAUUUAAAAACAAAAGCUUAAGAUAAAUAUAAGGGUGCUCUUUCUGCUACCCCUUACUUUUAGAACUAUUAGUUUAUUCUAGCAAAAGUUAAGCAGAGAGGAGCAAACAUCUUGUUCUUUCCUGUUUUAAACACCAGCAAGACUGUGGCAGAAGGUCAAAUGUUAAGUCACAUGUACAUUCCAAAGUAGCUUCUAGAUCAUACAACUGUAUUCAAGUGGAGUGGCAUUUUGGGAGGUGAUUACAAUCCAGUUAACUUUCAGUCUGUUUCUAAUUUGGUCUUGCUAGACAUCGUCAAGAAACUAUUGAUUCGGUAGUACACACUAGCUCGGUGAGAGUCAUCAGGUGAACAAAGCAACAUGCUGGUGUUAGGAGAGACACUUAGAGCCAUGGAAUAAUCCAAUGUAAGGAUCUUUCUCUCUCUGCAUUUUGUGGGACUCUGUCUCAUUGCCAAGGUUAGGAUGAUAGAAACCUAUUGUGCUAGCUUUCUAGCUGUUUGAUGAAAAAUCACUCGUUUGAAAGGAGCAGUACUGUAAAAGAGUUCCCUCUUUGUUUUUAAUUACUUGAUAUGCCUCCAUGGAAUGAUUAGUGGAUGCAAUAUCUGUAUUGAAGCCUUUUGGAACUGCUUCUGCUACCUUCUGCUGAACCAUGACUUUAAUGGUAUUUGUGGAUCCCUUGCCAAGAAUGCUUUAAAAACUCUCUGUGCCUCUAAGAUCAAGUGUACCAUUUUAGCUGUACCCACAGGUUAUAAAUGUGUGAGUCCUCUAGUAGGUGAGGAUUGACACCAAGGGAUCAAAAUCCAACUCUUUUACAGUAUUGGAUCUCACUGUAUGCCAUUAAAAAUAGCUUGUUCUGGUUCUAAUGCAAUUGGAAAUAAACAUUGGUGGACAAUUGUGGCCUCCAAGAGGGAAAAUUGCAGGAAUGUGGUAUUUGGCAGACAGCGAGUAGACUGCAGCACUGGAUAGUGCAAAUGCGGACAGGUUGCUUUUUGCUUUAUCUUAAGCCAGAUAUUGUUUAUGUACCAUGUACUAAGGCUAAAAAGGGGGAACUUAUAUAUAAGGCAACCUGAUUGGAGUCUCUGGAUCAGAGAAACAAAGCAUUUGAACGCAACUUGUGCUGCUAUUGUGAUAUUCUUGCAAAGGACAAAAAAAAGUUCAAACCAAAGAGUAUUCUGUGACAUAUGAAACAAAGAAUGGAGGAAACUUCUCCAAAAUGCACAAAGUUCCCACUUGCAAGUCUUGAGACAUUAAAGGAAAAGGUGGGUUGAGAAAGUGUUGAAUAUUCUUGUUUUUUAAAAAAAAAAUCAAAAAACAAGACAACAAAGGGAUUUUUUUUUUAAAUCUAAUUUUCUUCUUUUCUGGUGCGGAGUUGACUUUUGUUUUCCAAGAUGCAGGGUUUUGGUGUAUUUAGAAAUUUUUUAAAACACAAAUGUACAUUUUUAUAAAGUUUAUGAAGUAUUUUCAUAUUUAAAGCCAAAUGUAAAUAGGAGUCAGUUUAAAAAGAGAACAAGAGAAAAGGCCAAGAUGGCAUCAGUCAGAACCCACGAUGCUGCUGGAUAGCAUGGUUUUUGCAAGCCUUAUGGGGUUUCUAGUGCUAUGAGGUUUUGUUAUUUAUUUAGGCAUGGAUUUUUAACUUGAUUGUUUCUUUUUUUCUAAGCUAUUGUCAUUUUACCAGCCUUCAGACUGCUUGAGAGUGGAUAAUCUAUUGCACUCUUUUAUGGAUUUUUCCCCCUUCAAAUAACCCUUUGUCUUUACCUGUUGGUUUCUGCAUGUUGCAAUUGCUAGGAUAGAAACUUUCACUGUACACAUGUAUCAUGGUACCUUCCAGCCCUUAACUGUUUAGCUUGAAAACUGAACGUGCUUUGGGAAGUUCAGCCUAGGAUCUGCAAUUGUUGUGAAGCUACAGAUAUGGGGCAUUUUUUUAAAGUGGCUGACAACAAGGGACAGUUGUGCAAAUUUUCCAGCAGUUGAGAUAUGUGAUGCAGUUAUAAACCACUUAAAUAAUUGGGAAUUCCCCCCCCCCCCGUGCACUGACUUGAAUGUGGAUUGCAUACUUAACUCAUAUUUGUGAGUUCAUGACUUAAGGGACAAGUAGUUAAUUUUCCUCUUCCCUAAAAUACUUGAAUGGAGGCCCUUUUCUUGUAUGGAGCUAACAUUACCUUACACAGGACACAAGCAAGGUAGGCAAUGAACUCCCCAUUAUUUCUCAUCCAUGGUCUGGUGUGCAAUUUUUAUUGCGUUAAGAAAAUUACUUCAUAUAUGCUGUGCUUUAGACACACUGUUCAGCCACAGAAACCUUUGGUUUCUGACUCUUGAUUCAAUUGCACAUGCUUUCAUUUGGCAAAGACAAAGGAUUUUGGUAUUUUUGUUCUCAUGUCUUUUUUGUGGAGGGGGGAUUACAAGAUAAAGUUGAGAAGUACUGUAAUGUCUUUAAAAAGCCAGCUGCUGUUGAACAUCUGCAAGAUGGGAGAAUGCCGCACAGUUGCCAUCACAUAGGCAACCUGAGACAGCUUCCCCUUCUAAAUGGAUUUUCUGUUCUGCAGCAGUUUGUAAGGUGAACAAACCAAUAGGCAUUUGACAAUCGUUCUACCUUACUAUUUUCCUGUUUUCAGCCUUGUGUAUCAAAGUCUUCCUAACAUA